AUGAGGAGUAUUGAUGCUGCUGAGAACUUCAAUAGAGUACCUGUCAGCACGUGUUUAUUUCCUUUGUCUUCUUCUAAUAGAAUUAAUCAUUCUAGAAAUUUAGAUACCAUUCUCAACACUUACUGCACAAAAAUACCAGUCAUCGGUACUGACAAGGCUGCAGGUAGACGUAAAAGAACAUCACUCCCGGGCAAGUUCAUCGAGAAAAUUGUGAUUCCGGUGAUCAUGGGGGGUUAUUCAUCAGAUGGGUCCAGUUCAUUUUUCACUUUGAAGAAACCAGAUGAUCAUUCAUGGGGCGAAGCCGACCAUCAAUGGAUGGAGCUGGUGGGUUUUGUUGAGGAUCAUAAAACUGAGGUCUCUGCUAUAAAUGGACUCCAUGAGUCUAUAACAGAUCAAGAUCAGUUGAAUCAAGUAGAAAUAUCCGAAGGUUCGUGCCACACGAAAUCCAAAGGCGGAAGACCGAAAUUUACACUCGCUCAGAAAAGAGAGAACAAGAGACUAAGUGAUUACAGGUAUAGGCAAAAGCGCAAGAUAACAGCAGAUGAAUUGAACGCGGAGAACAAACACUUGAAAGUGGAAAAUGAACGGUUGAUUGCUGAGAAUACUCUGUUAAAAUCGCUGAUCGAUUCGCUGCUCUGCAAUGGUAGACAUGAGAAUAAUGUUUCUAAAGCUGAAGCAGAACCGAGUUCAAGUUCAGGCCAGCCACCUGCACAGGAUUCGGUGCAUUUGCGAGCACGAAGAGCUCAGGCCACUGACCAUCACAAGGCUAUGAGAGCACAAAUAAGUGAAAGCACCAAGAGUCUUAAAGAUCUGAUCCCUGGUUGCAAUAAGGUAUACCAAUGAAUAAAAAAUAUCUACA